CGCCAAAAAUGGCCUCCCCUGACGUCAAACCAAUAAGACGCCGUCCAAGGCUCCAAAAAGCUCCCCCAAAACCUUUUACUCUUCCCACAACUCGCCACGUGUCACGCCAAGAGGCCCCACGCUCAGUAUCCCACGUGUCAUCCGACGUGGCACGUCAGCACUCGGCCAGAGUAUAAUUACCUGAGAGCUUCUUCUAUCUUCCAAGAAGCUGUAAAGGUAAAUUUGAAGUAUGAGAGAGAACACAAAAGGUUCUAUCUUUUCAGUUCUUGUUCAAUUUUCAAUACUACAAUGUUGAAUUUGCAAAUGUUUGGUUCCCAAGAAGUGAAAGAAGUUCAAUUUUCUCAACUUGUAUCUUGAAGACAACGGGAUGUGCAAUCUAGCGAAAUGGGGAAAGUUCAGGUGAAUAUCAAUGGUCCAGUAACCAAUAAAGAGAGUGUGGAUUUAAAUUGCCAUACUGAAGAUGAGAACAAGGAGAUUAGCGGUGCUGUUACAGGAGUCUUGGGAGAGGGCCAAGGGAUCUUAAAGGAAGAUGAAGUGCAGGUUACUGACAAUCUGCAAGUCGUAAAUGAUGCACAAACAGAAGCAGUCCAGGUUCAGGUCCUCAGUCAGUCCGGCCAGCAGAGUUCGGAACAACAGCUUCAAGACCCUUCUCUUUACUGGGAAGGGUUCCUGCCUACCAAGUCUCUCAAGGUUUUGGUAGUGGAAGAUGAUGAUUCAACUCGCCGUGUCAUUUGUGCAUUACUGCAGAAGUGUGGCUAUGAAGCAACAGCUGUAGCUAGUGGACUGCAAGCUUGGAAUAUUUUAAAAGAUCAUAGUAUUCAUGUCGAUCUUGUUUUAACUGAGGUUGUCAUGCCUGGUCCAUCAGGCAUUGACCUCCUAAGCAAGAUGAUGAGCCACAAAACUUGCAAGGAUAUUCCUGUGAUUAUGAUGUCAUCUAAUGAUUCUUUGAGUAUGGUGUUUAAGUGUCUAUCGAAGGGUGCAGUUGACUUUUUAGUGAAGCCUAUUCGAAAGAACGAGCUUAAAAAUCUUUGGCAGCAUGCUUGGAGGAAAUGCCGGAGCUCCAGUGGUAGUGCAAGUGAAAAUGGUGUCCAGACUGAAAAAACUACGUCGACAAGUGAUGAAGAGUCAGACAAGAACACUGGCAGUAAUCAUGAGGAUGACAAUGAAAUCAUUGGGGUUAAUGCCAGGGAUGAAAGUGACAAAGGAAGUGGCACUGAGAUUACUCAGGUUAUUAUUCGUUCAAGUCCUGAAGCAUUUGGAAAUGACUUGGUUCCUGCAGUUACAACAAGGGAGUGUGAAGGGCAGAAUGAAGAGCUUGGUGCUGUUAUCACAGGCACAGACUUGGGUCUGGGAGUUCCUAAAAUUCCAAAUCUGCAGCUUGAAGAACCAAAAGAGAAAGGCUUGAUCAACAUAGUUAUCACUAAUAAAGACAAACUUUCUAAAAUGAAGUCACUGAAAGAGGAUGAUAAGCUAAAGAAAGGCCAAGUGGAGCUCAACAAUGAAAAACCAAAUGAGCACUUGGAAAACCAAGCAGUUGAUCUGAUCGGUGUCACCACUAACAGUACCACUGAUCCUCAGAUGCAAAGUGGUAUGUUUAACAUCCCGUGUAGUGUCUCCAAAGUUCCCGGCAUAAGAGAUAAGGACAUCAAUGACAGCAAAGAAAUUGCUUCCCUUGAGCUCAGUUUAAAGACACAGACAGAUGCUCGAGAUACUGGGUUCAGUGUCCAUGACCAAAAUGCUUUGAGACAUUUGGACCUUUCAGCCCCCUCAAGGUACAAUUUUCCUACAACUUCUAAUCAGGCCAGAAGUGUGAAACUUGCUAGUCAUUCUCCUCUAGAUAGUAGCUUGGAGGAAGAAAAGGCCAAACUAUUGCCUGUUUUUCUGUGUAACUUAACCAGCACUCCCCUUUAUCAUUCCAAUGACUGCAGUAACAACAACUGCAUGAACUCCGCUACAAAUGAUUUCCUUGCAGAACAAAAGGCAGUUGAGGACAAACCAGAGCUGAAAUCAACAAUCAAACAUCUCCAGUCUUCCUCUGCCUUCCAACCACACCAUGAUAGCCUUUUAUCUUUUUCCCACCAGCCUAUAAUUCAAGGGAAGGCUGAUGCUGCAUUUGGUAGCACUAUAUUGGCACAAGGAAGGGGCAUGAAUCAGCAGGUCCAGGUGGAGCACCAUCAUCUCCAUUACCACCAUCACCACCAUGUGCACAGCAUACCCCAGCACCAGCAGAUACCCAAUCAUGAUGAGUCGUCUGGAAAAAAUAUGGCAGUGGAAGAUCCAUGCUAUGGGCCAUCUGAUGUGCUGGGUACACCGAUAGAAAGGAAUGUUGGUAAUCACAGUUUGCAUGGGAGUGAGUACUCUGGAAGUGACCAUAGUAGUGAUGAACAGAAUAUAAGUAGCUCUCCCAUAGAUUCUAGAGGAGAAAAAGAGGGAACCAUCAGCCCAAUUGAAGUUGGAAGCAAAAGUGGAGUUGAUCAGAAUCAUGUAUCAAAAAGAGAGGCUGCUUUGAAUAGGUUCCGCCAGAAGAGGAAAGAGAGAUGCUUCGACAAGAAGGUCAGAUACCAAAGCAGGAAGAAACUAGCAGAUCAAAGACCACGUGUCCGUGGAAAGUUUGUUCAACAGGAGGUGCAUGAAAACAUAGGCAAGGACACCCAUUGCUGAGCUUGACAGUGUGUGGAAUCUUGUUCUUAUAAUGUUGCACUCAAGAAUGGCACUUGCUACAUAUGGCAGUCAAAGGUUACAGAACUACUAAAUAAAGACCAAGUUUAUCAUGUGAUGAUAAUAAAAGCAUGAUUUAUAUUUCGUGCUUGUAGACUGAAAAUGGCUACAAUUUCUACUCUGCAGAAGGUGGUAAUCUGCGAAAGGGUAGUCUUAUCCAAUAAACUUCAUUUUCAGUGAUCUGUAAUAAUAAAAAAAUCUGGUAUUUGUAACACUUGAUGGUUUGAAGAACUAUUUUGUUAAUGGCAGCUUCUGUUCUUUGUUUACUUUUCGAUGA